GCCGGGGCCGACCCUCAACAUUGCAAUCCCUCUAUCCUUGGCGGAGCGACUCGUUGGUCCGGGCCGCGCAGGCGCCGAGCCUUCCUUUCGCUAUUCCCGCCCCCCGCCCCUCUCUGUGUUCUCUGCAGUGGGAGCAGCUCUCCUGCCACAGCCCCUCAUCCCCUGAAAAUGUAUGCCUGCGCCAAGUUUGUCUCCACCCCCUCGGUCAGGAGCACCUCUCAGCUGCUGAGCCGAUCACUGUCUGCAGUGGUGCUGAAACGACCGGAGACACUGACAGAUGAGACCCUCAGCAGCUUGGCAGCCCCACGUCCCCUGACCUCACUUAUUCCUAGCCGCGGCUUGCAAACCAGCGCCAUUUCAAGGGACAUCGACACAGCAGCCAAGUUCAUUGGGGCUGGGGCUGCCACAGUAGGGGUGGCCGGCUCUGGGGCUGGAAUUGGGACUGUAUUUGGGAGCCUCAUCAUUGGUUAUGCCAGGAACCCUUCUCUGAAGCAACAGCUCUUCUCCUACGCCAUUCUGGGCUUUGCCCUCUCCGAGGCCAUGGGGCUUUUUUGCCUGAUGGUGGCCUUUCUCAUCCUCUUCGCCAUGUGAAGAAGCCGUCUCCACCUCCCAUAGUUCUUUCUCCCGUGUCUCGUCUGCCCUGUGUGUUCCUUUUCCUAUACCUCCCCAGGCAGCCUGGGGAAAGUGGUUGGCUCAGGGUUUGACAGAAGGAAGACAAAUAAAUACUGUAUUAAUAAGAUG